AUGUCUACCGCACACAGACCAACAUGGGACCCUGCUCAAGCGAAGGAUGUGAAGGGCGGCUCUCGCCAAUUCUCCGUGCGGGACAUGGCCGCGCACACGAAGCUCAAGUUUAGACAACCUGGACAAACCUCCACUAACGAGGUUAAGAAGCGCGACUUGCGGGCGGAGUUGCUCGCUGCAGAGGCAGAGGCGCGGGAGAAGAAGAGGAAGGCAGAGGGCAAGCCGUCGCUGGCUGUGGAGAACGGAAAUGCUGCAGACGACGAGGCGAACAAGCGGAGGAAAUUGCUGCAGGAGGCUCUGGAGAUGGACAAAGAUGAUGACAAGGACGAGGAGAAAGCGUCGGAGGAUGGAGCAAAGGAAGGCGGGAGCGGUGACGAGAGUGAUGAGGACGAUGAUGAUGAUGACGACGACGAUGACGAUGACGACGACUCUGCCGAGCUCUUGCGCGAGCUCGAGAAGAUUAAGCGAGAACGCGCGGCGGAGAAGGAUCGACAAGAACGCGAACAAUCUGCGUCUUCGGCAGCAGCCCGUGAAGCGGAGAUUGCUACUGCAAAUCCCUUGUUGAAUCUUGCGGCGGCACUUGGCCAAACACCAACUGGCGUCAAUACUACUGUACCUGGAACGUUUGCUGUGAAGCGGAGAUGGGACGAUGACUUGAUUUUCAAGAACCAAGCGAUGAGCUCACGAGACAAGGAUGGCGCAUCUGGACAGUUCGUCAACGAUCUUUUGCGAACACAGUUCCAUAAGUGGGUUCCUCGGAAUAUCACUGUCUGCACCGAAUUAACUGACUUCGCUCUUUUCUACCAGAAAAUUCAUGGCGAAGUUCAUUAA